AUGUACAAAUACGCAAUCCUUAUUGUGGGCAUGCUAAUCGCCGCCAGUUUGGCCCACGACGAUGACGCCCAUGCGAAGGCACACGAGACAAAGAAGCAGGAUGCCCAUGGCAACUUUGCGUACAGCUUUGACGUGACCAACGGGAUUGGGGCAAAGGAGGAGGGCGAUGAGCACAAUCAUGUGCACGGCGAGUAUCAUUUUAUGUCGAAGGAGGGCAUUCCCAUUGCGAUAACCUAUACAGCCGAUGAGAACGGAUAUCAGGCGCAUGGCGACGCGGUGCCAACGCCGCCGCCCAUCCCAGCGGCCAUACUCGAGUCGCUGGCCUACAUUAAGUCGCAUCCACCGCACAAGGAAGAGCCGAAGUCACACCCGGCCAGCUCACAUGGACACGGUAAACAUUAA